AUGGUGGCCUCGUUGGCCACUCUUGAGGGCCAGGAUGUUGCCAUCCGCCAGGCGGCUCUCCUGGUCUUGCAGCGUCACAUCAAGACGCAUUGGGAUCGGACCUUGGACAGCUUUGAAGAGCCCGCGGUGCCACACGAGGCUCGGCCUCAGCUGAAACAGGGGUUGCUCAACCUCAUUGGCCAUGAAGAACGACUUGUCCGGCGCGCGGCUAUUUACUGCAUCACAACCAUUGCCAAUCUUGAUUGGCCAGAAGAAUGGCCGGAUCUGUUUGAUCAGCUUGUGCCUGCGUUGCAAUCGGAGUCCCCUGCGCUGGUUCACGGUGCACUUCACGUCCUUGCCGAGCUUUCCGCCCUGGUGGACGUGCGCCACCUGCCCACGCUAGCCCCACUGCUGCUGCCCCCGCUACACCAUAUCGCCACAAGCACAGCGUAUGGCCCUCGCACUCGCUCAACGGCCGUAUCUUCCGUGACCAACUUUAUGACUGGGCUCAGCGACUACACCAAGCAAGAGGGUGAUCGCGCUCUCUACAGUGCCCACGUCAAGCCCCGCCUGCAGCCGUGGACAUCGUUGUUGGGCGAGCUGGCCUUUAGCGAAGCCACCCCUUGGUGUCUCAAGGCCGAAGCCAUUACCUCCAUCACGACCAUGCUGGCUGCCUUUUCCAAGCCGCUGGCCAGUCUUCUGCCCAUGACGACAGACUUGGUGCUCAAGCUGCUGGUGUCGUUGUCAUCCACUUAUGAGGCUGCGGUGAUUUUCAGCUCUGAAGGCCUCGAUGAGCAGGAAGAUGAAGAAGGCCUCAGCACGUCCAUGGAGCCAGUCUUGCGUGCUUGCUUCGACUUUAUUGCGGAAUUGACGGACAAUGCCAAAGCCCGCACUGUGCUUAAAGACUCGCUUCCUACCAUUCUUGCUCUUAUGAUGCAAUAUGGUGCCAUGACCGAGGAGCAGCGAGCCCAUGCAUUUGCUGCGAUCGACACAUUGCUGGAGAGCUACGGAAAAGUCACGGCCACACGGGCCUUGUUAUCAGCCAUCACAUCAACCAUCGAGAAGGGACAAGCUGCUCGAACGACGAGUGAAUUCUGGUGGACGGCCUGCGAAAGCGCCUGUGCCACGCUCUGCCGUACCGCCGUGAGCCAGUUGCUGAUUGACGUGCUUGGCGCGGGCAAGGUGGAGUUUGAUUUGCCGAGCUACUUGGGCCGCGACAUUGCAGCAUUGGCCCAGGAGGUGCAGUUCCCGUUCCUGGCAGGUCGUGCGUUGUUGGCCACGGGCCGGUUGGCGGAAGCAGUGCCGGCUGAGCUUCUGCAGUCAUUCUUGCAACUCGCCCUGUCCGGCUUGCAGCCAGAGGCGCCCAUCCCCUUCAAAGCCAGCAGCUUGCAAGCUAUCAACUUUUAUGCGACCAAGCUUCUGACUCAUAACCCCGAUUCGAUCCGCCCAGCCGUGGCCGCGAUCUAUGAAGGCGUUUUGGCUCUUUUGUCGGUGUCUACCAUGGAGUUGAUGCGAACAAUGGUGGAGACGCUGACGCAGGUUGCUCCGGUCAAUCCAGAGGUGACGGGUGCAUAUGCUUCAAAGCUGUGCUCGCUUGGUCUAGCCGUUUUCCUCAAGGCGUCGGCCGACGCACUGAUGGCCGAUGUUGUCGGCGAGUACUUUUCUGCUCUGGCCGAGCUGCCGGCUGUAGUCCCUACUCUCUUGGCCAAAGCCGUCCCCACGCUGGCAAGCUUGCUAGCGCGUCAUGACGAGGCCGGGCUGGUGGGCCUCAUUCAUGUCGCCAUGGAUAUCGUGGCUGCUAUUGCCAAGUCAGCAGAUGAGGAACAUGGCGCCCAAUUCUUGCAGCAGGUGCUGCCAGUUGUUGUGGACAGCAUCUGCACCUCUUCAGAUAUUAGCCUGGUGCAGAAUGGUGUUGAGGCCGUUCGCAUGUUCAUUAGCCGGGUCAUCGCCCAUAUUUUGUCGCCCGAAGUGCCAGAGUCUGCGUGCGCCUUUGCCGGCAUGAUGGUGACAAGUUUGAUUCUGCGCGCCGGCGACGCUCUCGGCCCAAUCACAGAGCAGAUUCUGCUGGCCACUCUGCACAAGCUGCAAAGCUCGCGCACGCUGACUGUGCAGCAGAGUCUUCUUCUCAUUUUUGCUCGGCUAGCCAAUGAGAACCUGGACACAGUCUUGCAAUUCCUGCGAGCUCACCAUAUUUUGUGGUGCAGAGCGCUUGAGUUUGUCUUGCGGAUGUGGGUUCAAAACCACACGGACUUUUAUGGCAACUACGAUACAAUUGUGAGUACGGUGGCGCUCAGCAAACUUCUUAUGCGCGAUGACGCCGACCUUCUCUCCUGCACCGUGCAAGGCGAAGAAAUCCACAAACCAGGCAUUCAGUUGCGCUCGCGAGCGCGCAAGAAUGGUGGGCCCCAGUUUGCACAGGUGCCUCUUCUGGAGCGCGUCUUCCAGCUCCUGGUGCGCCAACACCAUGAUGAGACGCUCAAGCAGGCCGAGGGUGACGACGAUGAUGAUGACGCUGAGGUUGAAGAUGAGUGGGAAGAUGUUGAUGAACAAGGACAGUUGGCUGAUGGCACUUUUGUACCAGCCGAUGAAAUCUUCUCCACGUCGGAUAUCGUGGACCUCGGCUUUGGCCAGUUUGAGGAUGACUUGGAUAUGGAUGAUGAUCCAGAUGUCAAGGCAGACCCCCUCAGUCAGGUCAAUCUCAAGGAAUACCUGGAGCAAGGCUUUGUUGCCUUGCGCGACGGAUCUCCGGCUCAAUUUUCCCAGCUCACGGCACGCCUAACCGAGGCCGACCAGAAGUUCCUGACGGCAGCCUUCCAAUAG